AUGAAUUGUCAUUUCUGUUUCCUUGUCAUCGCCCGAUGCGGCGUCAUAAAGCUACGGAUUAUUUUGUCGCUUUAUUGCUCGGGGGAAGGGGGGGAGGAAAUCUAUUACUGCAAGGAACCCUUUCAAACCCCUGUUUUCUUUCGGACCGGACGGUUCUCCCUUUCCCCUCAAAAACAAUCAAACCAAGUGUUCUCGACCAAAUCGCAACGUAGGAAUCUUGUUUCCGCCGUCCGGGGGAGGGGGGUUGUUGCCGGACACUAUGAUCAUAGCUUGUUCAGUUCUUGUGUCCAGCGGACUUGCAAGACUUACCGCACAUUCGGAUCAUUCAUUGAAUCAGAAUCAGGUGCAUGA